AUGAUAAUUUUGUUUGUUGGUAUUGCGUUACUAAUGUCACCUGCACGAUGGUAUGAAAUAACUAUUUAUGUACCUUUGGCUAGCAUAUUCUGCGUCUUAGCCUAUUUUUUGGGCGUAAAUCUACAACUUUCGAAAAAAAAGUGGAAAAUAAUCUUGUUCGCGAUCUGUUGUGUAUCAUUAGUAGCUGGAUUCAUUCUUUGCGUUUUAGGGUCGACACUGAAUAAG